UUAUCCUCCCCCACUCUUCUAAGAGCGGAGAACAAAACGCUCCUCCAAGAACAACUCCCGCUCUGUACUGCUCUCUCUCUCUCUCUCUCUCUCUUUCUCAUUUUCCCUUCUUUUGCCCUAGACGAUGAAUCUGGUGUCGUCUUCCGUCGCUUCUUGCCCCAAGGAGAAGCAGAAGAUAUACCAGGAGUGGUUCUCAGUCGCCGACAAGGAUGGAGACGGGCGCAUCACGGGGAACGACGCGCUCAAGUUCUUCGCCAUGUCGAAGCUGUCCCGGUCCGAACUUAAGCAGGUCUGGGCCAUUGCAGACUCUAAGCGGCAGGGUUUUCUUGAUCUCCAAGAGUUCAUUAACGCAAUGCAGCUUGUUGCACUGGCUCAAGAAGGGCAUGAGAUGACUCCAGAUUUGCUUAAUCAUGCAGACUUGGAGAACUUAAAACCGCCAGUGAUGGAAGGUUUGGAUAUUCGACUAGCUAAAUCAAAGCGCUCAGAAAAGAAAAGCGAUCCUUGUUCAGAUGUACCACCACAGCCUCAAUCACCUGCAUCAGCUCGCUGGUUUAACUCAAAAUCAGCAAAAAAGAUACCUUCAAAGUCAGUCACCUCAAUUAUCGAUGGUUUGAAGAAAUUAUAUAUUGAGAAACUGAAGCCUUUGGAAGUUACCUAUCAAUUCAGUGAUUUUGUUUCUCCCUUGUUGACAAAUAGUGAUUUCGAUGCCAAGCCCAUGGUUAUGCUCUUGGGUCAAUAUUCUACUGGAAAGACCACAUUCAUAAAACAUUUAUUGAAAUCUAGCUAUCCAGGUGCACAUAUUGGACCAGAACCUACAACCGAUAGAUUUGUUGUUAUAACAUCAGGACCAGAUGAGAGAAGCAUUCCCGGGAAUACUAUUGCUGUUCAAGCAGAUAUGCCUUAUAAUGGCCUGACUGCAUUUGGCACUGGCUUUUUAUCAAAGUUCGAGUGUUCUCAGAUGCCCCAUCCACUUUUGGAACACAUUACUUUUGUUGAUACUCCUGGUGUUUUAUCUGGGGAGAAACAACGAACUCAACGCAGUUAUGACUUCACUGGGGUGACAUCAUGGUUUGCAGCAAAAUGUGACCUUGUUCUUCUCCUGUUUGAUCCUUAUAAACUUGACAUCAGUGAUGAGUUUAAGCGUGUAAUUGGAUCCUUGCGUGGUCAUGAUGAUAAAAUACGUGUUGUUCUGAAUAAGGCAGACCAAGUUGACACCCAACAGCUCAUGAGAGUUUAUGGGGCAUUGCUGUGGUCUCUUGGAAAAGUUCUGAACACCCCUGAAGUGAUGCGAGUGUACAUUGGUUCGUUUAAUGACAAACCGAUAAAUGAAGCAGAACAUGCUGUCAUUGGAAAGUUGUUUGAAAAAGAGCAAGAAGAUCUCCUUUCUGAUCUGAAUGAUAUCCCAAAAAAGGCUUGUGACCGUCGUAUCAAUGAAUUUGUGAAGCGUGCAAGAGCAGCCAAGGUUCAUGCAUGCAUAAUUAGUCAUCUGAAGAAGGAGAUGCCUGCAAUGAUGGGCAAGGCUAAGGCUCAGCAGAAACUUAUAGAUAACCUGGAAGAAGAGUUUUUAAAGGUCCAGAAGGAGUUCCACUUAGCACCAGGAGACUUCCCCAAUGUCGACCAGUUCAGAGAGGUGUUGGGUGGAUACAAUAUUGACAAAUUUGAGAAGAUGAAGCAUAAAAUGAUACAGGCAGUGGAUGAUAUGCUGGGGUAUGACAUCCCAGAACUUUUGAAGAGGUUCAGAAACCCAUAUGACUGAGGAUGCCUCACACUGAAUAGUGAAACAUGGUCUGUUGCUCUCGAGAGACCAAGUUGUAACGAAGUAGAUGUUGAGCUUGUACUUCUGCCACGAGGAAUUUGCUUUUUUCUUCUUCGUUCAAACCAUUAGUUUUGGAAUCUUGUUUCCACGUUGAUAGAUAUGGUUGUAUUUCAGUGGAUCUAUUAGUGCUGGUGUUGCUUUGGACAAGUUUUUGUUUAAAUAUUUGGUAUAG